AUGUUAGAGGUAGCUUUGAAGCAUCGCAAAGCAUUUGAGUUGCUUGCUUUGAAAGAUAAUACCUAUAUAGGAGAGAUGAAUGGAGGAAAAGGGAGAGGUGUUCCUUCUGAUUCAGACUGGGAGUAUGCUGAGUCCAUUGUACCAUUUUUGCGAGUGUUCAGUGAUGCCACUAUACGUGUUUCUGGUACCUUAUAUGUUACCAGUGAUACGUAUAUGAAGGAAGUAUUUGCAAUUGGACGAUUUAUUCGUCAUUCUUGUGAUUCUGUUGAUUUUAGUACUAUGUCAAUGGCAAAAAGGAUGAGGGUUAAGUAUGAGAAGUAUUGGGGCAAUCCUGAUUCGGUGAAUAUGUUGUUAUUGAUUGCUAUCGUACUUAAUCCAAUGCAAAAGAUUGAGUAUGUCAAUUAUUUCUUGGAUUACUUCUUUGGAGAAGAAAAAGGAGCAAGUGAAGCUGAUACGCAAGAUGUUCAAGCCAACAACAUUAAUACCGAUCUUCAUGGCAUGGGCUUUUUUCUGCAAGCAACCGGUCGCAGAACAAAUACAAGGUCUGAACUUGAUAGAUAUUUACAAGAAGAAUGCGAGACAUACUCCCAUAAGUUUGAUAUACUAAACUGGUGGAAGGUCAACUCAACCCGAUUUCCAAUUCUUGGAAAUAUGGCUCGUGAGGUAUUGGCUAUACCUGUUUCUUCGGUAGCUUCGGAGUCUGCAUUUAGUACUGGAGGAAGAGUCCUCGAUCCAUACCACAGUUCCUUAACACCUAGAAUGGUAGAAGCCUUAGUCUGCACAGGAGAUUGGCUUAAGGAAGAUCUUUUCUCUGCUUUAGAUGAUGAUGAUGAAGUUCUUCAACAAGUUGAUCAAAAUAUAUUUUCCUCUAAUGAUGGUGCUUGUUCUAUGGCGGCAUCAAUUGAUAAUCUUGAUGAUGACUAG